AUGGCUCUUCCAUCGGCAGCAACCAGUCUGCGGCGAUCUCUGCAAGAUCCCCAAGUAUUCAUCACAGCCCCAGGAGUCUAUGACGGAAUGUCAGCACGACUGGCGCUGGCAGCAGGCUUCGAAGCGCUAUACAUGACAGGCGCUGGAACAGCAGCCUCGGUACAUGGCCAAGCGGACCUCGGAAUCUGCACGCUGAACGACAUGCGAGCGAACGCAGAGAUGCUAGCAAACCUCUCACCGCGCACACCGCUGAUCGCCGACGCCGACACCGGUUACGGCGGGCCGAUCAUGGUAGCCCGCACGACAGAGCAAUACGCGCGGUCCGGCGUAGCGGCCUUCCACAUCGAGGAUCAAGUACAGACCAAGCGGUGCGGACACCUCUUCGGCAAGCAGCUCGUCGACACGGCAGCCUACACCAGCCGCAUCCGGGCGGCUGUGCAAGCGCGCGAACGCAUCGGCAGUGAUAUCGUGAUCAUUGCGCGGACGGACUCGCUGCAGCAGCACGGCUAUGAAGAGAGCUUGGCGCGGCUGCGGGCGGCGAGGGAUGCGGGCGCGGAUGUCGGGUUCUUAGAGGGCAUUUCGUCAAGAGAAAUGGCUCACCGUGUUGUGGCCGACCUUGCGCCGUGGCCUCUGUUGUUGAAUAUGGUGGAACAUGGUUCCACGCCUUCAAUUUCUGCCAAGGAGGCCAAGGAGAUUGGGUUCCGGGUUAUUAUCUUCCCAUUUGCGACCUUGGGUCCGGCUCUCCUGGCUAUGCGGGAGGGGUUGGAGAAAUUGAAGCGUGAUGGCUUGCCUGGUCUCGAUGCGGAGGUGACGCCUCAGAUGCUGUUCAGAGUCUGUGGGCUGGAUGAUAGUCUUAAGUUGGAUGCGGCCGCUGGUGGUGUGGCGUUUGAUGGUGGCGUGGACUUGAGAGAUAAAUGA